UCUUCUAGCCAUCCAGUGAAUUCAAGAUGACGAGGCUCACAAUUCUAGCAGGUUUAUGUCUGGUCAUAUGCCAGCUGGGGUCUGCCACUGAGAUGGCAUGCUACUUCACCAACUGGUCCCAGUACAGGCCGGGUGAGGGCAAGUUCAUGCCCCAAAAUGUGGACCCCUUCCUGUGUACCCAUCUGAUUUAUGCCUUCUCCAUCAUCAACCAUAACAACGAGCUGGUUACCUACGAGUGGAAUGAUGACGUCCUCUACAAGUCCUUCAAUUCUCUGAAGACAAAGAAUCCUCACCUGAAGACUCUGCUGGCUGUUGGAGGAUGGAACUUUGGCUCAUCACAGUUCUCCAUCAUGGUGUCCACUCCUGCCAACCGUCAGAAGUUCAUCCAGUCUAGCAUCAAAUUCCUGAGGACUCAUGGAUUUGAUGGUCUGGAUCUGGACUGGGAGUACCCUGGAGCCCGUGGAAGUCCUCCAGAGGACAAGCAGAGGUUCACUUUGCUCUGCAGGGAACUUGUUGCGGCUUAUGCAGCAGAGGCCAAGUCCACCGGUAAUCCUCAGCUCAUGCUGACUGCUGCAGUGUCUGCUGGAAAAGGAACCAUCGAUGGCGGAUAUGAGAUUGCUGAGAUUGCCAAAGAACUGGACUUCAUCAAUGUGAUGACCUACGACUUCCAUGGAACGUGGGAGCAGUUCACAGGACACAACAGUCCUCUGUAUCGUGGAUCACAGGACAGCGGAAACCUCAUUUACUUCAACACUGACUAUGCUAUGAAGUACUGGAGAGACAACGGCACCCCUGUGGAGAAGCUGAGGAUGGGAUUUGCUACUUAUGGUCGUACCUUCCGUCUGACAUCAUCAGACAAUGGAGUUGGAGCUCCAGCUAGCGGACCUGCAUCAGCUGGACAAUUCACACGUGAAGCUGGAUUCUGGUCCUACUAUGAGAUCUGUGGCUUUUUGAAGGGCACCACAAUUCAGUGGAUUGAGGACCAGAAAGUCCCCUAUGCUACUAAAAACAAUGAGUGGGUGGGAUUCGACACUCAGGAGAGUUUUAAUACCAAGGUGCGCUACCUUCAGGAACAGAAGUUUGGCGGUGCCUUUGUGUGGGCCCUGGAUCUGGAUGACUUUGCUGGAAGGUUCUGCGGUCAGGGUAACCACCCUCUGAUGUCUCAUCUCCGCAAACUGCUAAAUAUUGAGCUUCCCCCAUUGCCCCCAACCACCACUCCCAGACCUGGUGCUAGCACCACCUCUCCUACCACCACCCCUACCACCACCACCCAUGCACCUGGACCAGGCUUUUGCAAUGGCAAACCUGAUGGACUGUACGCCAACCCAGACGACAGGACCAGCUUCUACAUGUGUGCUGCUGGCAUCACCCAUCUGAGGUAUUGUGGAACCGGAUCUGUCUUUGAUGACAGCUGCAAGUGCUGCGUCUGGCCCUGAACCACGAGUGAAGACAGAAGUAUUACAACUUAUGUAAAUGUAAACAAUUAAACAAUCAGCUGUGAUACAGACUGUAAAGGUUGUCCUGUAACCAGUAUGUGUGUGUAAUAAUUUAGCUCCAUAGUACAUCAGUGGUGAUGUCCAAACUAACUGUAUUAUUUGUGAAGAAUGUAAAAUUUUAGAUUGGAAACAGCAACAUUAAAGUGCUUUGGUACAAAGUGAGUGAGCUCUUAUUAAUUCAGUG